AUGGGGGUGCUGCGGAGCACGCAGAGCCUGGAGGCCGAGGUGGAGGAGAUGCGCGCCGCGCUGCUGCUCCACGGCGCGUGGGCGUGGAGGCCCGGCGGGGGCGGCGCGGCCAAGCGCGCGGCCCGCGCCGCGGAGGCCGCCGGCGUGGAGGCGCGCACCGUGUGCGUCACGGGGGGCACGUCCUUCCUCGGCUUCGCCGUCGUCGACCGCCUGCUCCGCCACGGCUACAACGUCCGCCUCGCCAUCGAGACGCAAGGCUUCUCUGUUAUUACUAGGAAAAGGACCUUGACAAGCUGGGAGAUGGAGAUGUUUGGGGAGAAUGGCAGGGACGGGGUCUGGACUGUGAUCGCAAAUGUGAUGGACCCGGAGAGCUUACAUGAAGCUUUUGACGGCUGUGUUGGUGUCUUUCACACCUCGUCACUUGUGGAUCCAGGGGCAUCUCCAGGUUACACGCUGUGGCUGUCACUUGGCAAGACGAUGGCGGAAAAGGCGGCAUGGAGGGCAGCACGGGGAACAGACCUGAAGCUAGUGACCAUAUGCCCUGCACUUGUAACCGGGCCGGGAUUCCUGAGGCGGAACCCUACUCCCAUCCAUUGCCUUCCACCUCAAAGGUCUCCUACUCUCUACAACUAUCUUGACUGGCCAGAUCGAUCAAUAGCAUCUUGA